AGUAGCAGUGCUUUUUAGUUCGGGUGAACCGGUUACGGAAAAUCUUUUUAGAAGCCUUAACAGGCGGUAGGAACAAGUUGUUGUUAGUGUUGAGGACGCGAGGCUUCGCAAGGAAGUCAGCAACUCCGCCAAUAUUCAAGUAUUCCUGUAAGAGAUAGCGUAGUGGUAACACGUGGUACUUUAGUGUUCAGAACGCGAAGUUUGGCAAGGAAGCCAGCAACACCGCCAUUUCUCAAGUCUGGCUGGAAGAGAAGCGUUUUUGGUAGACUUCGGCCUGCGAGGAAGUGUAAGUUGCAGGUAGCUUCCGCGGUUCCCCGCAAUGGGUAUGGCUCCAACAGCCUUGAACACGAUGCUGGGCAAGCCAGGGAUGUUAUGCAUUUUGGGCACUGGUGCUGCUGUUGUUGGCGGGCGGUACGAGCUCUCAAUGUGAUGCGGCUUGCAGGUGUCUCGCCGCAAACCAUGCGCCAUGGGUGGCCUGCACGUCUCUGCCAACAUCCUUUCCUACCGACACCUCAAUCUUGGUUAUGGAAGGAGCCUCCAUAUCACAUCUGCCGCCUGGAAUAUUCUCCAAUCUUACAACCUUAAGCGAAUUGUACCUUCACAACAACUCGCUGUCUUUUCUUCCAGAUGGUGUGUUCGUCGAUCUCAUUCAGCUAAGCAUAUUGCAUCUGGGACGCAACAGUCUGAGUGCCCUUGAAGUUGGAGUGUUUGAAAGUCUCCACAACCUUAGAAGCCUGCAUCUGGGCCGCAACAUUCUGAGUUCUCUUCAAGUGGGUUUGUUUGACAAGCUCCACAAUCUCGAAACCCUGCAUCUGGGCCGCAACAUUCUGAGUUCUCUUCAAGUGGGUUUGUUUGACAAGCUCCACAAUCUCGACAGACUGCAUCUGGAACACAACCUUCUAAGUGCCCUACCAGUUGGAUUGUUUGAAAAUCUCUACAAUCUCACAAGUCUGAAUCUGAAUGGCCAGAAGUUCCUAUCUCUCCCUGUGGGAAUGUUUGACAAUCUUUCAAACCUUGAGAAUUUGCUGAUUCUCACCCAAUUUUCAUCUUACACUCAGGCGUGCCCACUGGUGAAGCUUGCUGGGCGAACGGACCAAACCCCUUCUCCCCUGUAUGGAGGCUAUGGGAGCCGAACACAGCAAUAUGUACUCCAAAUUCGGGCUAAAUGCAGGGGAGCCGAUGUGCGUUGCUAUGGCUACGGUGAAAGCGUGGACUUCAUGUGCACAUGCCCGGAGCGAAUGUUGUUCAACGGCACGGCUUGUGUUCCCAGGGCGACUUGCCCAACAUGCAUCACUUAUCCGAUGUGCCGGGGAUCGAACACGGAAUAUACCUGCCACUGUUCUGGAUCAAGGCCUUCAGAGCAAAGUGCAAGCGGCUGUGGCCAAGCUAGAUUUCCCUGUAGUCGAAGUGACACAUUUUUUCAAUCAGUGAAUACUCUGUGCAGAAGCACAACUGGAUUUGUCAGCACAUCCCAAACACCAGCUACUACUUCAACACCAACACGUCAGCACACGACAUGGGUAGCUAUUACUUCAAAACCAGCACGUCAGUACACAACAUGGAUAGCUAUUACUUCAAGUACUUCACAACCAGCACGUCAGUACACGACUUGGAUACCCGACAUCUCUCUCAAUCAACUUGCAAAGAUUCGAGUGAAUGCCAGUGAUCCACAGCAGGUAGGAGACACUGCAGUUCAGCUGCAGGCACUGACCAGUAACAGCCCUGCUCUCACGGAGGGCGAUAUAGGCCACGCUGGAGAAAUCGUCGACCAGCUGGCAGCAGCCAUCAAGGAUUCACAAACCACAAGCAUUAGUGCCACGCUCAAAGUGCAGAUUCUUAACAAUAUUUUGUCGGCAGUGGACAGCAUCAUGAAGGUGAAGCCGGGCAAGAUUGGACCCAAGAUAGGCAUACGUUUGGCCCAAACUCUAGAGAGCGUUGCUACCUCGUACAGUGCUGGUGGGGCGAAGCGGGAAACUGACGGUGUCUUCCUGAAGAUAGUGGAGGAGGACAUUUCAAUGCUUGUCAGCUGUCCCGCAGAAACUGACCAUGCGCAGGUGUUUGCUCAUUUAGAGGAUAGCAACGAUGUGUACAUUGGAUCAACUGCGAAUGUCACAAACAUUCCAGAGAUGUCCACGCUACACGUGAUACUACCACCAAGUGCGUUGAAGGCGGCACCUUCCCAUUCGACACCUCAAGCCACCCUAUCACAUUGCCAAGUACAACAGACCUCCUUCAUUCUCUAUAAAUCAGCCAUCCUCUUCCAAGAUGACGGUCUGGCGAAUGAAACACGAGUGGCCUCUGCAGUUGUCUCGGCCAAUCUCGGGAGCACGGAAACCGACCAUCUGAGUGAGGAUCCAGUUACUCUGACUUUCCCACUGUCCAAUGAACUAGCUGACACAGGAUUUUCUCCAACCUGCGUGUACUGGAACUACGAAAGAGGUGGAUGGAGCACAGACGGCUGCUACUUGGCUAGGAAAGUGAUGAACGGAGCCAGCAUCACAGUCCAGUGCAAGUGCACACACCUCACAAACUUUGCUGUGCUGAUGUCUCGCGAUGCCAUUAGCACACCCAACAAGGCUCUAAGCAUCAUCACCUACAUGGGCUGCGCCCUGUCUGCAAUCGCGUUAUCCGCUGCCAUGGUCACAAUUGCGAGUUUCAGGACAAUGAGGGCAAGACGACACAACCGGAUAGUGUUCUUGCUGUGCACCGAUUUGCUGCUGGCGAUUGCAUUCUUCGUGUUUGGCAUCACGGCUACAUCCAACCAGGCAGCUUGCACGUUUGUCGCACUGUUUCUUCACUUUCUCUUCCUGCUGAUGUUUGCACUGACUUCCUUGGAAGCCGUCAUGCUCUACAAACAACUGGUGGAUGUGUUCGGUGGGCUGAGUGACGUCACCACAAGGAUCCUCCUUCUAUUGACGUUCGGGCUUCCCCUGUUCAUAGUUGGAAUGGCAGGAGGGAUCACAAGGCUUCGUGCCCACGGCAACAGCAAAUAUUGCUGGAUCACGAAAGACGCAGUGUUCUACGGGUCCUUCAUAGCUCCCAUGUGCGUCUCACUUGUGUUCAAUAUCGUGGUGUUGGUGCGAGUUGUGGUCUCGUUGCAUGAACGUGGCUCCAAUGUUGCAUCCGCCAUCACCACCAAACACACAUCUGGCGUGCAAUAUUUGCUGCGUGUAGUUGUAUUUCUGUCGAUUCUCCUAGGUGUUUCCUGGCUGUUUGGUGCCCUGGUAGCCGUCUAUGAUCACCUCGCUCUUCAGUACAUCUUUGCCAUCACCAACACUCUCCAGGGGCUGGGAAUCUUUGUGCACGUGUCACGUGAUGCCGAGGUGCGUUCUGCCUGGAGAAAUUCGAUCAUGUCCGUCCUCAGUCAUGUCUCUAUUGCCUCCCAUGCGAGCUCCAAAUCCAGCCAGGCAGCCCCCGUCCAGCUACGUGAAGGACGCAAUGCAGCUGCAGCGAUAAAGAGCCUUCGCAGGGAGAGCAGUGCGCACGUGGAACAAGCGUCAAGAAGUGAUGCCAGCGAUGGUGGAGAAGCGGGUGGUGGUUUACACACUCAGGUCAUUCUUUCCGAGCAAAGUGAGAGUGCGUGCUAUACUCUCAAAGAGACGAGUGAUGUAGCUGCCAGCCAUGCGGAGCUGUUAUGAGCUAAUUCAAUGUGCAUCAAUGCAUGCCAAAGCGUUCUCUUCUGUUGCUGCAGGCACAUUCCUGUCUAUUUUGCACGACAUUGCACUUCAUUCUAAGCCAUUAUGCAUUGAAAUCAUAGAGCUGGGCUCCGAGUAUGACAGUUCUAGCUUUCUACAGGAGAAUCACGCUGUCUGUUUUACAUUAUAGAGUAGCACACACAUUCUGAAUUAGACUUUUACCUGGUAUCAUCUGCUGUCAGUUUCGGCAACAUAACUUUUCAUGCAUUGUGAUGGUGAAGCGUGUUGCCGUCAGCCGACCUGGACUCGCUCGUCCUUCGAACAUUAGACCUUUUCUAAAGUUUCGAAUUUCACGACACCGCAUCAUCCUGCAGCACAGACCACCCUCCCUAAACGCGUUAGGUUUGGCUAUUGAAAUUACCGCCUUUCUCCGUAACAGGUUUCCCCUGUUCGCGCUCUCUUUAGUCACUAUCCCUGUAGAAUGUACAUGUACACGAUUGUACAUGCAUGUAUGUGCAACAUCAAACAUCUUGCUGUAAUACCCCAUCACUUUGCACCUUACUCCUCACCACACACUACUCAUGCAAUUCUUAUGCAUAUCUUUCACCUUCCCCGCCGCUGUUUUUUUCACUUAUUCGCAAUCACCUUUUUCUUACCCUCUUGCUGGUGUGAUGCUGAGUUGUGUUGCUCGUAUAAAGUUGGUGCGUACUUUACCGAUCCUCUCUUGCUGCGUUUCGGUGGUCAUGAAAACGAGACCCCAGAUCGGCGGAGCUCCCUAAACCUCACCUCCACUGCCACGAUUCAUGUUGUGCGUGCGUCCCUAG